AUGGCAUACCAAGAUGACCAGGCUGAAGAGCCCUUUCGAACUUACGAGCCAUAUCAACCUGCUGGCUCUGCAACCGCAUCGCAAAGGCCCGCAACAAGACAACCACAUCUGAGCCAUCGCGUCUCUGCCAUGACGAUAUAUUCCGACGAUAACUCGUACCCUCAGCUUCAUGGCCGCGAAUCUAUGGUGUCUCUCGACUCCUAUGCAGGAAACUCGAGCCCCCCCCAACAGGAAUAUGACGGACAUUCGUACGCUGCUGGGUCUGGAUGGUCCGCAUCAUUUGGCUACAAUGGAGCGGGGGGAUCGUAUGCGCCUGUGUCUGCAGCUGGGCCUCCUCCUUCACGGUUUCCAUCUAGAGCCAAGCGUGCAUACGGCUCAUCUCUCGGAAGAACCAUUCCAGAGGAAAGCACUGAAGACGAAGCAUACGAUCUGUCAUUGCUUGGUGGUGCAGCGCCCAUGGGCCACUCUGGCCGCUAUGAUCCGAUAAAGGAGGAUGAGGAUGAUGUGUCUCCUGGCUUCGACUUGAGCGCCGCGCUAGGGCCAAUGACCUCGCACGAUGAGGUUUUCGUGAAGAAGCUUCAGGCGCAAGAGGCUAGCGGGAUGUUGACAGGAGGCUUGGGCCAAGGGUUUCACGCGGACGUCAAGAUGCGCGAUGCCGAACUUCUGUCGUCGACCCCAUCUGUUCAGAGGAGUCUGUCUCGGUCCUUUUCGCGCCGCAAGCCGCCUGCGCAUCUUGGCCGAUUUGAGACGAUCCGACAAAGAGGACAGGACGAAGCUAAUCGGAAAGGAGAAGUCAUUGAGGUGAUAUUAGAGGAGGGACCAGGCGCCGACCUGAGCAGCAUCGAGGGACUCAGCACGGUUGCGUCUAAUGAUUUCCGCCGAUCAACUUUCCCGACUAAGGAGGGCAAGACGGAAAUAUUCUACCCUCAACCGAAUUGGAAGCCUCCAACAAUGCGAUGGCCCUACCUCACAUUGCUGAUUACAAUAUCGGUCGGGUUGGCUAUUGCGCAGGAAUAUCUUUUUCAACGAUUUCACAAAAAGCCUAUUGUAAAAUUCCGGUCACCCAAAGAUAUAGACGCCUUUGUCUAUUUUGCAAUCAAAUUCUUACCGACAGUAGUUGCGGUUACUUUCGGCGUGUUCUGGCAGUUUACUGACUUCGAAGUCCGCCGCCUGGAGGCUUUCUACCAGCUAUCCAGACAGCAGGGUGCUCUGGCUUCCAAGUCAAUCAAUGCCGACUAUGUCACAAGCUACAGCUUCUGGCGACCUUUUCGAGCAAUCAAGCUUGGCCACUAUGCGGUGGCUUUGUCUUCUUUCGCCUCAACACUUGCCGUUUCCCUCGUACCAACCUGUGCAGCUGCGUCGAUCAUACUCACACCGAGCCGCAAGGAGCGUAUGGAAAAUCCCAGUGACAUGAAGGAGAUCUUUGUGGCCUCGGUCUGGUCGCGACUUUUGACGGUUACUUUGGUAUUAUGUGCAGCCAUGGGAUGCGGCUUACUAUAUGUUUUACAAACUCGACGAUCAGGCCUACUCUCUGAUGUCAGAGGCAUUGCUGGUCUUGCUAGCAUGGCUGUAGUGAGCCAUGUCCUGAUGGACUUCAAAGAUAUGGACACAGCCAAGCAUAAAGACAUCCACCAAAAGUUGAAGCGUCGUCGAUACAUGCUGAGAAAUUCUUCGCUUGCACCUUACGAUGGCACAAGCACAAAGGUGGAAACGGACAGCGAACAGGAUGACGGCGCCCAUCUCUCGGAGCACCCGCAUCCCCUGAUGCUACGUCCAAUGGGAUGUAUCCCUUUCAUCAUCGGGUUGAUCCUCUUUGCAGCAUUGAUCCCAACCUUUCUCUUCACUCCCGCCCAGAUCGUCACAGACAAGGCUGCCUGGGUCGUCACAGCGUUGGCCGUCAUCCUCAAGCUAUGCUGGGGCGCGAUGGAGACAUCCGUUCGUAUGAUGGAGCCUUACUAUAUCCUUUCAAAGCGACAUGCGCACUCAAAAGUUCUUACCCUUGAUUACACCGCACUGCCGUUUGCUUAUAUGCCACUGCGAGCGCUCUUGAACGGCCACUUUCUAGUAUUUCUUGUUGGGUUCGGUAGUGUCAUGGCUGAAUUCCUGACGAUCCUUGUAACCAGCCUUGCAACGGUGGAUGGGCAAGACUUUAUCACAGGAUAUGGAAUAAAUAAAUACAACAAAGGGAAGUGGAAAGACGACAAGGAGGAUGGUGAAAUACUCAACUCUGGACAGGAGACGAUACGCUCAUUCUAUAUCACCCUCGGCGCCACAUUAUUUAUACUGAUCUACAUGUUUGUUGUCUCAAACAUGGUGUUCUUCCGCCGACGCCAUCCUUUCCUGCCGCGUCAGCCCAACACUAUUGCGUCAAUUCUGGCUUUUAUCCACCAGAGCAAGAUGCUGUACAACUUUGUGGGAACGUCGAAGCUAAAUAACACAGAGAUGGCGAAGAAACUUGAUGACGGUAAGACGUAUGGACUAGGAUGGUUUACCGGAAGAGAUGGACAGACACACUGCGGAGUGGACCAGGAGGAACUGACUAGUUCGUACAAACAUGGUGUCGACUACACGACGAUGAACAAUCCGUGGAAUGCACAGUGGGAUGUGCUGUAGAACGCGCAAUACAUGCUAUGAUUAUGGAACCAGAUCUGUGUAUGGCCACAGUUCGGCAGGCAUGCACAGCAUAUGGACGGCUCAAGGCUGGAGUUUGGUAAAUUAGACGUUGGGCAUUGGCGAUGAAUUCUAUGGUUCCGUUUUAUCCAUUUCUUAUCUGAGGCCUACGUCGCUGGAGUUUAAGGAUCUCUUGAAACAGAAGCAUCAAGACAAAGGCAUGGCUUUUGUUAGGAAUGCGACGAGCGAAACAUGUAAUGAGACUCGGAUGAAGAUGAACC